AUGUCGCCCACGGCGACCAUCGAGUAUUCCUCGGAUGUGCCAGAGCCGCAGUUGUAUCCUCGCUUGGCAAAGCAUCAUCUUCUAGCCAACAACACACCAGACUAUCUUCGCCUCAUACUGACCUCCAAGGUCUACGAAAUAUUAAAAGAGACUCCCCUCGUUCUCGCGACCAAUCUGAGUGCCAAACUGGGAAAUCAGAUAUGGCUAAAACGAGAAGAUUUGCAGGAAGUCUUUAGCUUCAAAAUUCGCGGCGCAUAUAAUUUUAUGGCCAGUCUUAGUGAAGAGGAACGUUGGAAAGGUGUCGUCACAUGUAGCGCUGGAAAUCAUGCCCAAGGUGUUGCACUAUCCGGCGCGAAGCUGGGCAUACCUUGCACUAUCGUCAUGCCCCGUGGUACCCCAUCCAUCAAAGUCCGCAAUGUCUCCCGCCUAGGCGCCAAGGUCAUCCUACACGGCGUAGAUUUCGAUGAAGCCAAGGCGGAGUGUGCGAGACUUGCAAAGACUCACGGUCUCGCGUUCGUUCCUCCGUAUGACGACCCACUCGUCAUUGCAGGACAAGGUACGGUCGGGAUGGAGAUCCUAAAGCAGGUUCUUGACUCCGAAAAUCUGGAUGUCAUUUUUGGGGCUGUUGGGGGCGGUGGUCUUGUUUCUGGGAUCGCCGAGUACGUGAAAAGGAUCGGAAGCCCCAAGACCAAGGUUGUCGGAGUCGAAACUGUCGAUGGCGAUGCCAUGGCAAAAAGUCUUGCAAAUGGUGACCGCGUCACUCUGCCUGAGGUCGGUCCUUUCAGCGAUGGGACGGCUGUUAGAAUCGUAGGGAAAGAACCGUUCAGGAUAUGCAAGGAGCUUCUCGAUGGGGUGGUCAAGGUAGACAACGAUGAAAUAUGCGCAGCCAUCAAGGAUAUAUUUGAAGAGACUAGAUCUAUUACAGAACCCGCCGGUGCUUUGGCUUUGGCUGGUCUAAAGCGGUAUAUUACACAGAAUAAUCUCGAAGGCGCACAAAAGCGAUUUGUCGCCGUUGUAAGUGGCGCGAACAUGAACUUCGACCGACUUCGAUUCGUCGCAGAGCGCGCUGAAUUGGGAGAAGGACGAGAAGCUCUUAUCAGUGUUGAUAUCCCGGAAAAACCUGGCAGUUUCAUUCGUUUGCAUACCCUCAUACAUCCCCGUGCUGUGACGGAGUUUCUCUACCGGUACAACGCUUAUGGCUCCCCUGAUCGAGCUCAUAUAGUGUUCUCGGUCAAGUUGGAGUCUAAUAACCGCGCGAAAGAAAUUGAGCAGCUGCUCUCAGCUCUUGCAGAUGAAGAUAUGAAAGGAUUCGACAUUAGUGACAAUGAAUUCGCGAAAAGCCACGGGCGAUAUAUGAUUGGCGGCACGCAGGUCGUACCGAACGAAAGGGUUUUUAGAUUCGAGUUUCCAGAAAGGCCCAACGCCCUUCGCAAUUUCUUGCUAGGCAUGCAGCAAGACUGGAAUAUCAGUCUCUUCCACUAUCGUAACCAUGGUGCUGACUUGGGGAAGGUUUUGGCUGGUAUCCAAGUACCACCUUCUGAAUACGACGCAUUUGACAAGUUCCUGACCAAGCUCAACUACACGUUCGUAGAGGAAACGAAUAACCCGGUAUAUAAGCAAUAUUUACGUGGUGAAGUAUAGUCCAAUAGAUUUCUCUUGCUUGAUCCUGUUGUUUUGGCUGAAAACUCGCGUCGCGCCACACAGAAACGAAGCAAGGGUGAUA